CAUAGGUCCCGUCCUCUCUAUACCCUUUCUCUCGACUAACGUCUGCUGUAGUUUCUCUGUCCAUAAGUGGGGGCGACGUGGAGAGAAGCCUUGAGGAAGUCCAUGCUCGAAGAACCUCGUUUCAAUCCCAGUUCCCAUUGUCCACGAAGUGAAGAGGAUGGGGCUCGCUCGCUGCUGCUUUCCCGCGUCGAUAAAGAUGGACCUCGCGCUGCUGGCCUGCUUGGUUGCGCUUGUAGGCAUCUGCUUAGCGCGCUCCGACGCUCCGCGAGGGGUGGCGGUGCCGUUUGUUUUUGACCUCAAAGCGACGUGCGACCCUCCGUGCCAACAUGCUGGCAUCUGCAUCCGAAACAACACCUGCUUCUGCUCUCGCGGCUAUGAGGGAGAGACCUGCCAGUAUGGUGAUGUUACAACUUUAUAUUUGCCUAGAAAGGAGACAGAAAACAAAAUAGCCAAACUAGAAAAGAAAAGUGAUGCAUUGAACAAUAUAUGAAAUAUGUAUAUCAUGUAUUUUUUCAUCACAACAUGUAUGUAACAUUUGCAUGACUUACUGGAUGAGUGCUGAUGAAUAUAUUGCCUGUUGUUUUGAACAGCUAACUGCUAUCCCAAAUGUAAGAAUGGAGGAGAGUGCCUUCGCCCUGGAAAAUGCAGAUGUCCUUCUGGAUUUGGAGGAAAAUAUUGUCAUAAAGGUACUUAUCUAAUUCUGUUAACCUUUUAGAUAUACAGUAUGUUGGUGCUUGGUUAAUGUUAAAAAUCUGAGUAAAUAUUGUAAUAAUAUCUAUGUAUUGGUAACUACAGGAGGCUAGUACAAGUAACCUAAGAUGUUUUAUUUAGAGAGAGUGUGGUUGGACAAGGGUGGGGAGUUAAGACUUAGUCCUAUAGUAAAAGGUUAUGAACAUGGACAUGGGGAGGUAAGUGGAUGAUUUGAUUUUAUGUCUGUCUUUUCCAGUGAAAUGUGAUAGUGGAUGCUGGAAUGGUGGAGACUGCAUCGCUGUGAACGGAGUGGCCAAGUGCAUCUGUCCCUCCAGCUGGACCGGCUCCAAAUGCCAAGAGGGUUUGUUUACAUCCUAAUUAGCCUAAUCCACACAGAGGUGAAACCAGCAGUGAGACUGGUUGCUCAGCUGGCCUAUUAAUCAACAGUAGCAUAUAAAUCCUCUCCGGAACCCUCUGACAACUUCAUUGCAAUGCCAAGAUACCUUCACACGUACUAAAACAAUAAAAAAUAGUUUAUUUAAUUACGUUCGAAUGGGACAAAGAAAACGCUUCACAUGGCCAAAGGUAUUGAUUUAUUGGUUCCCAGAAUGUUGAGAAUGCAUUGUUGCGAUGUUUCCCCAGCGAUCUGUCCCCAGGGGUGCAGGAACGGGGGCAGCUGUGUGGCCCCAGGAAUCUGCAGCUGUCCAGAGGGCUGGCUGGGUGGAGCCUGCCACACUGGUGAGUGAGAUCUUAAGACGAAUGCAGUAACUGUAAGUCGCUCUGGAUAAGAACGUCUGCUAAAUGACUAAAAUGUAAUGUAAAAUGUGACUCAUAUACACACAGUUCACUCUCAUAAACUCUCACAGAUUUGGCACACAACCAACAUACAGUAUACACAUUUUCAGACAUGCACUUUCUUACUCUCACCCCAACAGACACACAAACACGGUACAUUAUGCACACACUAGCAGACACACUUACACAGAUACAGGCAACAGGCCAAAUAAAUGUAUAACCGUAACUGGAGCCUAAUCACUAAUCUGUUCUGGAUGUGUGUCAAGUGUGUUACUUUGUAACACACUGACACACUUGGGUCAAACAAUAGUUGGCAGAGAAGUUAAUCAGGCAUGCUAAAGAAUAACAAAUAUAAAUCAGACUGUCAGCAAAUUAAGAAAUUAUAAACAGAAGUGUGUGAGAAGUGUGUGAGAAAGUGAGAAACCUGUCAACGUGAGAUAUCUGUUGAAAAUGACUGUUUUGAGAUUUUGUUCUCAGAGCGGUCUUUCCCCAGAUGUGAAGAGGCCACCAGAGUACAUAAUGAGCCCUCCUUCCUUUCUUUCUUAAUGUAACAUCUAUUUUUCUUUUUCCCUCUCCCUCUGUCUCUUUCCCCUCUCUCUCUAUCUUGCAGCUGUGUGUCACCAGCCCUGUCUGAAUGGAGGCAAGUGUGUGUCUCCCGAUACGUGCCGCUGUCGCCCUCCUUACUCCGGACCACGCUGUGAGGAGAGGAAAAAGGUGUUUUAACCCUAUAUGGGGUCAGAGGUCAAAGAGGACCAGUCAGAGGCCAUGUAGAACUGUAUUCAUUCCAAAUCUGGUGCUUUAGAUAUUGUCUCUCUGCCUUUUGUAAAUGUUUUUUUAAAGAACCACAGAUUUUUGUGUUAACGAUAACAUUUGACUAUUAACUUAAUAUCUACUAUACAAUUUUGUGUUUGUGCUAUAUAAUGAAUAAAAUGUGGAUACAAG